AUGCGUGAUAUUUCAUUAUCUAAGCGUAGAAAUCUUUUAUCUUUAUCUCGUGCGUUGGGAAUUAGCAAGACAUCGUUGUUUAGAUAUGUAAAAGAAGGAGUUUUGCAUUGUCAUUCAAGCGCAUUAAAACCACACUUGAAAGAUGAUAAUAUGAAAGAACGACUUAGAUUUUGUUUGUCUAUACUUGAGGAAAGUAGCAUUCCUCAUGAUCCAAAGUUUAAGUCCAUGCACAACAUAGUGCAUAUUGACGAAAAAUGGUUUUACAUUUCUAAGAAAUCUACAAACUAUUAUCUUCUUGCAAAUGAGGCUGACCCAUAUCACGUGUAA